AUGUUCCUUCGUUCUUUCUUAUUAGGGGCUACCGCCCUAGCUUUGCCGUCUAGCGCUGUGCUUGUCCUCCCGGAGACUCAGGGAAUCGCUCCUGAGGAUGGCAUUUCCGCGCUGAGCCCUCUGGAGGCGCAAUCUACACAGCAGCAACUGAUUCAACUCUCUUGUACUGAAUGUCCGUUCCGCGAAGUCGACGGAGACGGCCAAGUCAGCUGGUCUGACGGUUUCAAGACCUCUCUCUCCUUGAAUUUCUCGGUCGAUGAUGGAUUGCUCCUGGCCAACGGCCACCAGGUUUUCCCGCCACCACCACCUACCACUAUCAACGCCGUUCAGCGUCGCGAAUCCGAUGGCGAAGAAUCCGACCCGAUUCCUCUGGGCUACGCCCUUGAAAUCAUGCCUUUGCCUACCCCUCCUGAAGAGGAGGUUGAAUUGUUAGAGAUCCGUUUCACGAUUCUCGACCUCGACAGCCAUCCCGUUCCGCUUGAUACCGUUGCGAUUUCCCUGAUUCACGACCGUGAUGGCAGCAUCUACAUGGCCAAGACCGACGUGGAAGAGACCGCUCCCAACCGCGUGUCCUGGAAGCAGUGCCGCGGAAAGCCCAGCUGCUUGAGAAAGCUUCUGUUCGACCGUAUGCGCGACUUGUUUGCUGCCGCCAAGACCCGCAUGCUGGGAAUGAAGUCUAGACUCGCUGGACCCAAGGGCUGCCACGGUCGUCCUCCGUUCCCUCGUCCUAUGCACCACGGUCCUCACCACCACCACGGCGACGGUGCCUGGGCUGAAGGUGGUCCUUUGCACGCCGGUAACCAUCUCCGUCCGUCGCCCCCGCCGCACAUGCACCACUUCCACCACGGUGGCCUGAACCGCACCAUUUCUCGUAUCUUCCGUUUCAUUGUUGUUCCUGCUGUUCUCGGUGUUCUGGCAGGUCUUCUCGCAAGUGCCCUUGGUAUGCUGUUCGGCCAGGUCGUCAUCUUUUUCUGGCUGCGUUACCGCCGCUCGGGCAACAAGCAAGCAACUGCCAACUUGGAGCAGGGAACCGCGUCUGAAAAGCAGGGCUUGAUGGAGGAGUCUGAUGAUAUCCCUCCUGCUUACGUUGACGAGGGCGUCCACGUUUCGGACGAGAAGCAAUGA